UGUCAGGCCAGCGCUAACAACAGCCGCCAUUUAUUUAUUAGUUUUAUGAUAAUCGGACGCUAGCUAGCUAGAUACAGCAUUGAUGUAAUAUUCUCUCGGUAUUUUUACGUAACCUUACUGCAUAGUUAGACGCCAAGAGUUGCGGUAACAAGUCUCAUUAAGCGUCGCGACAUAUUUCUGUGUGAUUUAUUUGUUAAAUUACUAGCUUAGUGAAAAAAAUGACAGAAAAACGGUACAUUCUUGGUAUGGACAUUGGCACAACGUCGGUAAAAACUUGUGUUUUCGAUACGGAAACGCGGGAGAUUGUUGCGAAACAGAGCAAGGAUACCGCGGCUAAUAUACCUAGCGAUCAAGGCAUCGAAGGGAAUAAGCAAGACGUGCCGAAAAUAGUAUCGGCCGUUCAUUACUGUGUAUCGCGUCUUCCGAGAGAUAUAUUACGACACGUCACCAGAAUUGGCGUUUGUGGCCAGAUGCAUGGCGUAGUUUUAUGGAAGAAUAAAGCUUGGGAGAAAAUAGAAAAAGAUGGUGUUGUUAUGCGUUUUGAAGCCACAAGGGAAAAUAUGUCCGCUCUAUACACUUGGCAAGAUACAAGAUGCAAACCUGAAUUUCUUGAAACAUUGCCUAAGCCGGAUUCACACCUUAAGUGCUACUCGGGUUAUGGAUGUGUUACUUUGCUAUGGAUGCUCAAGCAUAAGCCAGAAAAGCUGAAGAAUUUUAGUUGCUCGGCAACAGUGCAGGACUUUGUUGUGGCUAUGUUAUGUGAUCUGGAUAUACCAAUAACAUCAGACCAAAACGCAGCAAGUUGGGGCUACUUCAACACAGAUAUCAAUGACUGGAACAUUGAUAUACUGAAAUCCAUUAACUUCCCAGUUACACUGUUACCAAAAGUUGUCAAAGGCGGAGAGAUUGCUGGAAAUUUAAGCUGUUCCUGGAAUGGCAUCCCAGAAGGUAUUCCUGUCAGUGCUGCAAUGGGUGACCUUCAGUGCUCCAUUCUUUCAACACUUGAAACCAGAAAUGAUGCUGUUUUAAACAUAUCAACAUCAGCCCAACUUGCAUUUAUUGUUGACCAAAUUUCAAAUGUUAAGUGCAACACAGUCGAACACUUGCCGUAUUUUCAUAAUACCUAUCUCCUUGUAGCUGCCUCUUUGAAUGGUGGCAAUGUAUUAGCAACAUUUGUUAAAAUGUUGCAACAAUGGAUGCUUGAAUUUGGGUUUCCCAUCCCACAGUCUAAAGUGUGGGAAAAGCUGAUAGCUUUAGGUUUAGAAGCUCCAGAAAGUACAACACUAAAAAUAUCUCCUCUAAUUCUAGGAGAAAGACAUGAUCCUACUGCUAAAGCUGCAGUAGAAAACAUUGACUUAUCAAAUAUAGAUCUGGGCUGUGUUUUCAGAUCUCUUUGUGAUAGUUUAAUUGAUAAUUUGCAUUACAUGAUGCCAAAAGAAAUUUUACAGAAUGCAAACAUAAAGAGAAUUGUAGGUAAUGGAUCUGGGCUAUCCCGGAAUGCAGUAUUACAGAGGGCAGUUGAACAUUACUACAGUUUACCAUUAGAGUUUACAUGUGGGGGUGAUGCAGCUAAGGGGGCAGCUAUAGCAUUAAUAGAUAUAUAAAUUAUAUAUAACAAUAUGCAUAGCUGUUUAAAAGAGGGAGCAAAUAGUUGUCUAAAAUUACCUUAAGCUUUUAAAAAUCAAUUUCAUUCAUGCAAGGUCCAUACACUCACCUAAAAUGUCUGCAACUUUCAGGUAAUACCUCUGGUUUUGUAAGAGUAUGGGUGGCAAUGAUCACUUAACAUUAAGGGACCUAUACACUUCUCUUUCUGUUCCAUAAAAAAAAUAUUGAGCUAAAAUCUAAUAUAUAGAAUGUCCUUGGAAUGCCGGAUUGAUACAUUAUUUUUAAGUAAUUUUUAUUAGUAAGAAAGUUAGGACAGACUUAUUAUUGGCUAGCUAACAACAGCACACAAUUUAUAAUGUUCAAAUGUUUAAAAAAUAUAUAUUGAAGUAGGUGUUACUUUGCGGAAAUCCAUAAUUAUACAAAUGAUUUCAGUU